ACACAUCCAGUAUUGACUCGCGCGCAGAGGUCAGAGUGCGCGGCGUGUUGCAGACGAUUAACUCGACUGUGGAGUAGUGAACUGGCGGACCAGUUGAUCGUAUGGACUGACAGACACGAAGAACCAUGGACGCGUUUCUGACAUUUGGAGUUUCUCUUGUGUUCAUAUUCUUAUCGCUUCGGACAACUAACCAGUCAUCAGGUUCGGACGCCCUGUGGUCACGCUGGUGGACGUAUACUGGACAGGCAGGUCCGCGCUUCUGGGGGAAUCUCAGCCCUGAUUGGUCCUUAUGCGCAACAGGAAAGUACCAAUCACCGAUCGAUAUUAAACCACGUGCCCUUCUCUUCGAUCCCAGUCUUCGUCGGCUCACUUUAGAAAUACCAAUAACGAUUCACGGGACGCUGGUGAACACAGGGCGCGACGUUACCCUGGUUGUGGACGAGUCCAGCUACAGCUCCCUCAACAUCAGCGACGGCCCUCUGAUGUAUCACUACAGGGUGGCGCAAAUAAAACUACACUUCGGUAGCGAGGAUGACCACGGCUCAGAACAUACGAUUGAAGGGACGCCAUUUUCAGCAGAGAUUCAACUCGUGGCUUACAACACUGACAUCUACUCCUCGUUCCGAGAGGCGCUACAAGCUCCAUAUGGCAUUGCAAUCGUGUCAGUGUUCGCAGAGAUUGGUCAGCCUGUGAACGAAGCCUUUAAAACCAUGGCAACCUUUGCGCAACGGAUAUUGUGGAAAGGCCAGUCGACGCGGGUGGAGACGAUCCCCGCCAAAGCCCUCUUCCCAAACACCAACUAUUACGUCACGUACGAGGGGUCGCUCACACAACCCGGAUGUUAUGAGACGGUCACGUGGGUUAUAUUCAACAAGCCCAUAUACAUUUCAAAAGAUAUGCUAACGUCAUUGCGGCGUCUCCAGCAAGGUAUAAACGACGACCCCAGCAACACCGUGGCCAACAACAACCGUCCCAUCAUGCCGAUAAACAACAGAGUGAUUCGUACAAAUAUCAACCAUCAAGGAACGAGCACAAGCAACAUAUGCGGAAUGACUCGAUAUACGUUUUAUCAAAUAAACCCGUCCCUUGAUGUCUGACGGAAGCCCAGGAUGCAGUAAAAUCGUGCUGGCGCCAAACUUCAACAAUGAAACAUAAUUUAUGCAUGUCGCGUUUUCGGUCAUAUUUAUAUAUUUUUGUACAAAUGUAGAGUUGUAAUAAAGAACGAAAAUUAGAAAUGAA